AUGCUUCUUGAUAACCCAACCCUCGAUUUAUCAGAAGAAAAACAUCUUCCCACCCUUAAAUCCGCACCCCCGAAAUCCGUAUCCUCAAAUCCGCACCCCCCUUAUCCUCAUCCUCAAAUCCGCAUCCUCAAAUCCGCAUCCUCAAAUCCGCAUCCUCAAAUCCGCACACCCAAUCCGCAUCCUAAAAUCCGCACCCCCCUAAUCCUCAUCCUCCAAUCCGCAUCCUCAAAUCCGCAUCCUCAAAUCCGCACACCCAAUCCGCAUCCUCAAAUCCGCACCCCCCUAAUUCUCACCCCGAUCCGCAUCCUCAAACCCGCACACCCAAUCCGCAUCCUCACCCCCAUUCCGCAUCCUGAAAUCCGCACCCCCCUAAUCCUCACCCCAAUCCGCAUCCUCAAAUCCGCAUCCACAAACCCGCACACCCAAUCCGCAUCCUCAAAUCCGCACCCCCCUAAUUCUCACCCCGAUCCGCAUCCUCAAACCCGCACACCCAAUCCGCAUCCUCACCCCCAUUCCGCAUCCUGA